UUGCAUCAUGAAAUUCAUUUCCAGGAAGUGGACUUCGUAUUUGCAUCGUUCACGCGCAGUGCCAACGGAAUUCGUGCAAUUCGUAAAAUACUGGGUGAAAAAGGAAAACAUAUCAAAAUUAUAGCUAAAAUUGAAAAUCAGGAAGGAGUAGAUAAAGCUGAUGAAAUCAUUGCGGCAUCGGAUGGCAUUAUGGUGGCACGCGGUGAUCUCGGGAUCGAAAUUCCUGCUUCUAAAGUAUUUCUUGUACAGAAAAUGCUCAUCGCAAAAUGCAAUCGAGAUGGUAAACCGGUGAUUUGUGCAACACAGAUGCUUGAAUCAAUGGUCAGCAAGCCAAGACCGACCAGGGCCGAAGGUCUGCAUUUUAGCGGGUGUAUGUGCCACCUCGUUCAUUUUAGAGCCCAAAAGAUUCAUUUCGGCUUGGUAACUGUCCCCAGUAUUUGA